GAUAACUAUCAAAGUGUUAGCUGUGACACCAAACUUUCUGACAUCAUGAAACACUGAUGUAUCUACAAUGAAGGAAAGAUAACAGAGUGCAAGGUGCAUUUGGGAAGGCAAUGGCCUAAUGGUAUUAUCACUGGAUUAUUAAUCCAGAGACCUAGGUAAUGCCUUGGGGCUUGGAUUCGAAGACUGUCAUGGGAAGUGUGGUAUUUGAUUUCAAAAACAAAUCUGGAAUUAAGAGUCUAAUGGUAACUGUGAAACCAGUCAAUUGUCAGAAAAACCCAUCUGGUUCACUGAGGCCCUUUAGGGAAAGAGUUCUGACCUGGUCUGGCCUCUGUGUGACUCUAGACCCACAGCAGUGUGGUUGACUCUUAAAACUGCCCUCUGGGCAAUUAAAGAUGGGGAAUGUAGCUAACCUAGCCAUCCAUGAAUAAAAAAAAGGUGCAUGACAAAGACUUUACAAACUCAUAAAACCACUUACGCUUUCAGAGAAUUCAAACACCGUUCCAGAGAGGGAUUUACAGAAAAGGUUUUCUGAAGCUUUCAAACCUCUAGAAACAUCCAGGAUUUGCACAGGGAGGAACCGUGUCAGUGCGAUCUUUGUGCUGAGGCCAUUCAGAAGCCAUUCAAGAAUGCUGUACUGACAAAUCAGUGUGUCGCUGGUCCAUCAAUGCAUUCACAAAGUUCUAGAAUAAACCCAAGACACAGUGGUCAGACCUUCCAGAAUAUCAGUGAACCCACAAGAUACACCAAACUCUUCUAGUGUGAUGUAUGCCAAGAUUGUUUCACCACCUCUUCCUCCUCUCUCAACAAACACUGUGUCCACACAGACAUGGAGCCAGAUGACCUGGUUCCACUACACUGAGAGUUGACUCUGCUGUUUACCAUCCACUGCUCUCAGAAAGGAGUCGUUGUUCCAAAGUACUGUCUAUUUCAACAGUGUCUGUUUCAAACCUCUCCCACCAUCUGUUUAAUUGUGUCAAGAAUAUUAAUUUAUCCUUUGACCAGGUCACAAAAAGAUAUCUAAAUGUACAGAAACUUCUGCAUAUAUUCAGCAUCCUUUCAGUGCAGCAUCAGAAGGAUUGCACCGUACUACACCACAAAAUACAGAGAGGAGAGACCACCACAGAUCGAUUCCGACCAUCACCCAAGGGACAACUGCACAACAGUUGUUGAUUCGGAGACAUCUUCACAUUGUUUAACACAGGAAAUCAAUCAGGGUCAGGGGAACUUUAACAUAUCAGCGUAUCUGAAACUGGUCAGUGGCCUUCUGUCAGAACCAGACUUUCUGAAGGUUUGGGUGUGAGUGAAUGGUCAGGGUGAGCCUCGGAAGAAGUGUGAGCACCUUCAAGCGUGGUGAGAGCUUUGAUCAUUCAUUGAGUUGUAUGAAGUACUGACUCAUUCGUAGAGGUGACAGGCUGUUCAAAUAUGAGGUGUGUGUGAGGAGGGCUGACAAACUGGUGAGAUCUCUUCCACAAAAUGUACAUGUGUUGCAAUUCUUUUUACACAAGCACAGUUUCCUAGAAUGGAAAGUUUCAACUGAGAUGUGCAACAAAGCUUUGUCAAAGGCAUUGAUGCUGAUGGAUGACCAACACAUGUACACCGGGGAGAAGCCAUUCAAAGGCGAGAUAUUUAACCAGGAUUUUGGAGGGCAAUCAGACCUGGUGAAUUAUCAGCACAUUUGCACAGGGAAAAAGGCAUUCACGUGUGAGAUGUGUGAAAAAUCUAUCUCCUCAUCAUCAGAACUCCACAUACACCAGCGUAUUCAUACAGGGGUGAAACCAUUCAUGUGCGAAGUAUGUAACAAAUCAUUCUCGUCAUCGUCAAACCUCCGCAAACACCAACGCAUUCACAAAGCAGAAAAACCAUUUCAGUGUGAGGUGUGUGAUAAGUCAUUCACACACUCAGGAACUCUUCGCAGACACCAACAUAUUCACACAGGGGAGAAGUUGUUUAAGUGCGAGGUGUGUUGCAAAUCAUUCUCCAAUUCAUCAAGACUCCUGCUCCAUCAGAGGAUUCACACAGGGGACAAGCCAUUCACAUGUGAAGUCUGUGAUAAAUCAUUUUCGGACUCAUCAAACCUCCGUAGGCAUCAAAGCAUCCAUACUGGGGAGAAACCAUAUCGGUGCGAGGUAUGUGACAAAUCAUUCCCCAGUUCAUCAAGACUCCUGCUGCAUCACAGCACUCAUACAGGGGAUAAACUAUUUACCUGCAAGGUCUGUCACAAAUCGUUCUCGCAGUCUUCAAGCUUACACACACAUCAACGUGUCCACACAGGCGAGAAACCAUUCACUUGUGAUGUGUGUAUAAAAUCAUUCUCAAAUUCAUCAACUCUCCGCAGACACCAACGCACUCACACAGGGGAGAAACCAUUCACAUGUGAAGUGUGUGAUAAAUCGUUUUCGAGGUCCUGGAACCUUCUGCUCCAUCAGAAGAUCCACACAGGGUAGUAACACUUCAAGUCUGAAGCUGUGAUUAACCUUUCAUUAUCUCUUCAACCAUCUGGGAAUACAUAUGAUUCACAUGGGUCAAAUUCGUCAGAUAGAAUUUUGUGAUUGCCUUUGUACAGUUGGUGUACCUCCUGCUCCAUCAACACACUCACAAGGGAGAAAGCCUUUAGGAGUGAGUUUUGUAAUAAAGCCUUUACAAAGUUGUCAGACCACCUGGAAUAUUGGACCUCUUGGAACAUCAGUGAAUCCACAUGGUACACCAAACCCUUCCAGUGUGAUGUGUGUCAGGAUUGUUUCACCUCCUUCUUUCUCAUCAGAUAACAAUUUCGCCACACAGAUUUUGGACCUGUUUCCAUUGUACUGAGAGCUGUCUGUGUUGUUUACCCUCCAUUGUUCACAGAGGGGAGCUGUCAUUCCAAAGUUGUAUCGGUCUCAGCAGGGUCUGUCUCUAACCUCUCCCACGAUCAGUCCUGUCAUUUCAAGAACGUUACUUAACCUUUAAGCAGAUCAUCAAACAUCACCAAAAAAAAGGUACCUGCUGAGGAUCACUUCAGUUUUAAUGUUUGUAAUGAGCUCACUGCAGGGUGUUCAAUGGGACUGGGACACAGAACAAGAAGCAGCUUUCACUCCCAUCAAACAACUAGUGAUGACAUCACCAGUGCUGAGGGAUUAUGAUGUAACAAUGGAGUCACCCUGCAGUGUGAUGUCAGUGAAACAGGACUUGGAGUAACCCCCAGGCAGUGAGGACAACCCGUUAUGUUUGUAUCCAGAGUGUUUACACAAACUGAGUUACAUUGUGUACAGAAUGUUCAGUGGUAUUGGGACUUAGAACAAGAAGUAGGAUUCACUCACAUCAAACAAGAGUGACGACAACACCACAAUCAGUUGAGAAUUCACCAGGCCAGGGAAUUCUCACUGAUCAUUGCCUGGUUCAUGUUCUCCUAAGUAGUGUGCUAACAGGACUGAGGGACAAUGAAAUGAAUUUUAUAAACUUUUUGAGAGAUUUAAAACAAAUCCUUUUACUUAUACUGCUCACUUGUAUCAAUAGAUUUUUGUUACUCUGACCAUAUUACGAACAAUGCUGUAUUAGACCAAGUACUCUGUUUCUGUUCAGGAAUAGAAAGUUACUACAAUCCUGUUAAGUUGAAAAUUGACUUGUACUUUGAUAGCGCCUUUGACAACAACCAUAUGUCUGCAGUCCUCAACAGACAAUGAGCUACUUUUGAAGGUCAGUCAUAAUUGUACUGAACAUGCACACAGUUUCCACAAACAUCAUUGUGACAGUACCUGACAAUCUGUCUUUCUGUGGUGUUGGCUGAGGCAAAAGUGCAGUCCAGAACAUCAGGGGCAACUUGAAAAUGUGAUAUGGGACUGUGUUACUCCAUAGAAGAGAGCAGAUAGGGCGUUGGUUUAAAGAGUCACCUAAAAGAUAACCACUGAUAAUGCAAUGCUCUCUACAGGGACCUGAGUGUCACAUACAAUAACACACCAUUAGACGCAUAUUCCAGCUUCGUGUGUACAUUGGGUGUGUGUUUGUUCGAGAAAAGAACAGAUAUGAAUGGUGAUGAGUUUUCUAGUUUCCAGAAGAGAAUAGGAUUCUUUCCUGUGAUAUCCAUUUUUGGGACAUUUACUUUGUUAAAAUCUGUUGAGAAUUCACCAGCUCAGGGAGUUCAGAGAGGUCUGUGCUCAGUCAUAAAAUUAAAAAUAGAAAAUGCUGGAGAAACUCAGCAAUUCUGCUAGCAUCAAUGGAGAGAGAAAUACAGUGAAUGUUUUGAGUCUGGACUGGUUCAGAAGAGGAAUCAUAUCGGACUUGAAAUAUUAACUGUUUUUCUCUACCAGAUGCAGUACACCUGCUGAGUUUCUCCAGUAUUUUCUGUUUUCACUUCAGCUUUCUAACAUAUACAUUAUUAUAAUUUUACUUCAAUUUUCAGUUAAUUUGAUUCACUCCACAUAAUAUCAAUAAAUGUCACAGACCACAGCAAGAGUUGUAUCUCAGCUGGAAUUUUGAAGAGUCAAGCUCUGGAACUAGUCAUAACCCGGACCAAGUGAUAACACUGGCAUCCACCCAAGAAUUGCUCAGGUAUGUCCUGCAGAAAUGCCCUGUACAAACUCAGAAUGUCUGAAAACAUCUCCCAUACAACUGUGUUUAGUGAAGUUUAUUCAGUUAUUGUAAUUUAGGAACAAUAGCAGCCAAUUUUCACAAGACAAGCUCCCAGAAACCUUAAUGUGAUACUGACCAGAUUGUCUGUUUUUCUGAUUUAUUGUUGGAUCCAUACUGCCCCGGACAUAGGGUGAUAUCCCCUGCACUUCUACAAUGUGGUCUCAAGAGAUGUUCUACGUUCACCUGAGAGGGCAAAAGAUAUCAUGCAUUAACUUAUCUGAAAGAUUAUUUCGUCAAGAGUGAUGCACUCCCUCACUCUCACACUCAAGCAUAAUGCUUAUUUGCAGCAGUAUUUACUAUCUGCAAGAUGCACUGCAGAAAUUCACGAAAGAACCUCAGAUAGCAUCGUCCAGACCCACGAUCACUUCCAGCUCGAAGAAGAAGGGCAGUAGAUGCAUGGGAACACCAUCACCUUUAUCUUACCCUCCAAGCCACUCACUGCUGACUUGCAAAUACAUUGCUGUUCCUUCACUGUCCUGGACAGGUUCCCCUCCAAAACACUUACCAUACUGACUUGUAAUGUUCCUUCAUUGUCCUGGAAUUCCUCCCAUUUUGCUGUUGUGGGUCAACUCACAACAGGUGAACUGCAGUGGUUCAAGAAGGUAGCUCACCACCACUUUCUCAGGGUCAACUAAAUACUUACUAGCUAGCGAUGCCCACAUCCCACAAAUGAAUAAAAAAAAUCCAGGAUAAGUCCUGACAGAUAGUUGCUCAUCAGUUACAAUAUUGGUAUUUUACUGAAAUCAGUUUCUCAGGGUUUAAGUCCCAAGGCUGUCUACAGAUUGCUUGUCAACCUGAAAAUUUGAUCUGAUUUAAAAUGUAACUAGUUUGAAUUGCAGACAUCAGUGUUGUCUUUGUGUCUGAGUUCCUGAAGCUGUGAAAGGGGGUAAAAUGUCUGGGCUCAACUGGAAUGGUCAUUUUAAGAGGUUGUCUUAAAUCAGUACAGCUGAUAAAUCAUUCUGCUUUAAUUCAUUAUUCAUUAAAGUUCUUCUGUUUAGACACAAUUCUAAUACUGUGUCAGGAGUAAAACUGGAGAUGUAAGUCACUUAUAUGGCAGACUGGUGUUAGUUUUAGUGAGGUUUUUGUUCUUGUUUUCAAAUUCCUCCAUGCCCUUGCCCCAUCCUUCCAAGAAUCUAUUUCACUUCCCAGUGCUGCACUAGAGUGGUAGCCAAGAGCUUUUUAGCUCAAGUCCUGGAAUGGGAUGGAUUACAGUUGCUGCCAGAGCCAUACAAGUAAUUCAUUAGGUUAUGUGUCAUCUCCCAUUGUCAUUUAUUCAAAUAGAAGCAUGUUGCAAAAUGAGUGAAGACGUUCUCUGCUACACACUGAAUUUACACACUGAAGCCAAUCAGAUCACAAUGUACCAAACUGAAAUAAAAGAGAAAUUGAGUGGUCACAUAGUUUAAAAGUGUUUGCUUCAGUAAAAUUCCACAACAAACAGGCAACAAGCACAGGCUACGGCCAAGAAUUUAUUCAUGUUUUUGUUGCAUUUAUCAGUUGUACUGGCUGUAAUUGAUCACACUCAGAAUUUUAAAUGAACUUAUAUAAAUUUGUAAAAACCAUGUUAUUUUUGAUUUCUUUAUUUUUGGGCCGUGGACCAAAGUGGAAAAUGGCUACAGCUUUAAACCAAAAGCUGUGGAAGGAGAUGAUGCAGUUUUAAUACAAGUUCUUGUAGUUCACUGUAUUUAUAUUGUUGCUCUGUUCAAACAGUGGGAGAAGCAGCUGGUGACUGAUUGACACCGUGGGUGUGAAUUCAGGCCAGUUCAGCCCAGAGACAGCCUGUUUGUUGACUGUUUUUUCAAUCAGGACCAGUUGUAUAGGUCAGGAAUACUCAGCACACAACUCGGUGAUUGGCUCCUGGGCAAGUGGACAGCCUGUCUGAACAAACCAGUGGCAGUAAGCCUCCAGGCAAAAGACAGCAGCUGUCUGUCCUUGAAGAGAAGUAACAAAGAACUGGAAGAUAACUAUUUGCCUAUGAACUGCUAUCUAACCAGUGACAGAGAGUGAACAAUUAAUGUACCAACUACCUUGUGUCUGCAGCCAAUCGAUUGGAAAAAGGAGGAUUGAUAAUCAGAAGGACUUGGAAAGAGACAGGACACAUUGUUAAAUUCACUGGACAGAUGUUCAGUUCCUGAAAUGUUUUUCUCCACCCAUAACAUCAAUGAUCUUUUGUUUGUCUGACUCUGUCUAUAUGUGUGCAGAGGUAAGAAGAGGUACAAUUCAUUCAGAAAUUUAAACAAUUGAUAUUUCAUAUUUUGUUUG